UUAAAUAUUUUUAAAAUGAAGGCUCUUUUUUGUUUAGGAGUUGGAAUGUUGAUCACCCAAAAGGACAACACUGUACAUGCCUGGCUCUAUAGAGAUGAUAUUGGUGCCUUCUGGGGUAUCAAGGGUUACGAAGAGCAGGUGACAGAAGUCGGUACUCAUAGAGGUCAUAUGUCAUGGCCAUAAUAUAGAUUUUUGGGUACUUUUGACUCUGCAAGUGUUAGAAGAGGAUUUCUAGUUUUCUCCAGAAACUGUGCCAAUUGCCAUGGAAUAGUGUAUAAGAAAUAUGAUGUGUUAUUGGAUAAAGUCUAUAAGCAAUUAGAAUUGGCAGCCUUGGUCAGCAAUUUCACCAUUCAUCCUGCUCAUCAUCAUUUCAAGCAAUUUUACUACUAAGAAUGGGAUGAAAGAGAUAGAUAUAUUCACGACAGAAUCUACCCUCCCUACUUUUCUUAAGACUAAGCUAAAAAUGCAAAUGGCGGAGUUUGGCCAACAGAUUUCUCCAAAAUCAGACUCAGACCAGGAGGUGUCAAUUACAUCUACAACAUUUUGACUGGUUACCACUAUAAGCCUUAUUAAGGAUUGGAUGUUCCUAAAGGUAAGGCAUACAAUCCCUAUUUUGAUCACAUGAUAAUUGGUAUGGUUAGAUAAUUGCACGAUGGUCUUGUUGAUUACGAAGAUGGAACUCCAGCAUCAACUCCUUAGAUGGCAUUUGAUGUCACAAACUUUAUUUAAUUUGUGCAAAGAAGAAGUGGUUUCCAAAGACCAGAUAAGACUGUAAGAUACUAUAUGUUCUUGACUGGAAUUGCUUUGAUCUAUCCUUUUGCUUACUUGAAGACUAGGGGAUUCUACAGAAACAAUCUCUCUCUUAGAUGGGAAAUGUAUGCAGUCAGAGACGGUGUGUAUUACAAUCACUUUAAAAAAGGAUGGAAGAACUCUAGAGCUAUUCAAUUUAGAGGUCAAGUCUGGGCUUGAAAGUUCUAUAAAAUAUUAAAAACAAUAAAUAUAAUUUAUUUAUAUAUA